GGCAGCUUUGCACAGUCUUGUUUGCUUGUUUGACAGCCGUAGUACAGAGGUCACCACGAAAUUCCUAUUCCAUCUGACCUGAGCAGCUAGGAAAGCCUGCUUUGGAGUAUGCAAUAUGAGCUGAACAAGGGAAAUGAAAUAAAAUCACCGACCAAAAGGUUAAAGUUCUUAGAAUCUCAGCAGAAUGACAGGAAGACAACACUUGAAAAUACGCAACAGAAUUUUAAGAAGAUGUCUCAAAAAGGGACAGAUGCAAUUGUUCACUGUCAGGCUCUGGAGGAGAAAAACAAAAGUCUCUACUGCUCAGUUUUGGAACUGUCUGCUAAAAUGGGCCAGCUGCAGGCGAGAGAACAGGAGCUUCUUACUAUGCUUAAGCUGAAGGACAAGGCUAUACUUGAAGCAACUGAUGACAUAACUGAGUUUACAUCUAAAUUCAGAGAGCUGGAAAGUGCAUUGCGUGCAGCAAAGACAGAGGAAUUCCAUCUCAACAAAGAAAAGCAAGACCUCAAAAUGAGUCUGAAAGAACUAAUACUUGAAAUAAAUAAGCUGAAAGAUGACCUCUGUGAAAAGAUGAAAGAAAAUAAUAAGCAGCAGGAAGAAAUAAUUCACCUCAAACAAGAAAAUGUCUGCUUGAGGACCAAGCUCGCACUUCUUGUUGAGAAAACAAAGAGAAAGGAUCAACUUCAGUUUGCCAAGUCUAAAGAAGCAUGGACUAACACAGAACUACCAAGUUUGCGACAGAUCUAUGUAAAACAGCAGCGUGACUUGCAAUUUCUUCAUGUCAGUUUGGAGAGCUCUCAGGAAUUAAGGCAAAACCAUGAAAAGGCAGCACAUGAAAGAAGCGAAGAAAAUAUGGAUCUGAAUUCUUUUCACUCGGAUGCUCCCUUUUUGACAUCCACUCAGAAAGAAGGCAGGCCUCAAAGAUAUGAGAAAUUCUCUGGUCAAGGCUUCCCACUGAAGAUCAAUAACCUUUUAGUGCCGGAGCCAGCAAACAGAUGUUGCAGUGCUGCCAUGGACCAAGACACCAGUUCCCCCAUAAGUAAGCUGCAGCAUGUGUUGGCCGAGUCUCGACAGAUGGUUGCUGAUCUGGAGCUUAGCACUCUCCUCUGCGCGAGCCCUCGCCGCAGUCCAGACAGCGGCAAUGAUAAUACGACAACAGAACUUGCAGAAGCUCUUCAAAGAACCCAGUUGUCUGCUGCAGAAGAAAGAGGUGCUGAGCUUCCAUUCUUUUCACUGUGAUGUUCCCUGAGGAUGGAGGUGUUUACAAUUUUUUUUUUUUUUGGUUGGUUGGUUUGUUUCCUUCUUCAUCAAUGCAUCUGUGGUAUGAAUAGAAGUUACGGACUCCUGAGGUGAGCCUGGCACAAGAUUCUGCUCUGAGUGCACUUCCAGUAAAACUCUCAUGAGUACUGUAAUGGCCAACAGAUACUAAGGCAGCAAGUAAUUCCUUUAGUCAAAUAAUUAAACUUUUCUCAAGCUUGUUCCUCAUCCUCUCGGCGGUCUAAUCUCACAGCUCCAUUCCUGAGUACCUGCACACCGCUUAUUGUAGUGAAAAUCCUUCUCUGUGUUACAAAUAACAGGAUCACAGAUAGGAACAUUGUUGAAUAAGAGAUUGGGAAGUGUUUUUCCGUGCCAUGGCUGAGGGCUUUUUUAGCAUAUUGUUCCUGGGCUCCAAGCUCCAAAAGCAGAAUGCGUUGAAUUGAGCUGUUUCAAGCAGCCUUGCCCAUAGCAGAUUGUUUUUUCUUUUUGAAUCAGGAAAUUUCUCACUCUCUGAUUAUUUGUUCUACUAAUGUGACUUGGAUGCUUGCAAUAAGCACAAUGUUGUCUGUUUCUGAGGACAAAAGAGUAACCAGAUACGGUUAAAAUACUGACCAGCACAUGAAACCGAAUGAGAAGUAGCAACAGUGGGGGAAAAAAUCGACAAAAAAAGCAAGCUCCCCGUGCUGACCCAACCCAAGCACAUGUCUGCAAAGGGAAAUGAUUACACAGCAAGCUGGAGCGUGAAGCUGUGUGGCACUGGAUUUCUCAUACUGAUCAGCUUAAAUCGGGUGGGGGGAAGCUGGUGCUUGGUGCUUCUCUCUCCGUCCCUGAACUGCUGUUCCCCUGUGGAGCCAAACCCUCUGUGCCCCUGGGGAAUGGUGUUGGUUUGUGGCACCCUCAUGCUCUGCUGUUUCUGCAUGAAGUCUGGAGACACGAAGUCUUCUUUCAAAAUAAAUUGGGUCUGCUUAGUGCACGCUAAUGGGGCUCUCCUAGGAAAUGGACGCUGAGUAGCUGGAAUGCAGUACCUUACACUGCUUUAAUGUUCCUAGGUAGAGAGGGUUGUUUUUUUUUGCUGAAAAGAGCCCUAAGGUAAAAGAAGCUGGAGGUUUUACAGAUUGAAGCCAGCACUGUGACUUGCCUCCUGAAACUACUGCUGUUAAAAAGUUGCAGGAGCAAAUCCCCCAAAUUGCUGAGCACCAUGCUGAUGCAGCAAAGUGGUAAGCAUAUGCUUAGCCUACAGAAAUAAUCUCGUUGAGCUUCAAGUGAGAAAGAGCUGGUGGAACAAACAUACCCACAAUUUCACUGUAGAUCCAUGACAAGACUUGGUGAUUCUGCAAGUCACUGGCUGCUGCAUAAUUCUUAUUUUCUUUGUUAAUUAAAAAGGCACUGAAUCACUGUGAUCAGUUAAAUCCAAAGCAGCUUUUGCAGAGUCUAGAAAUGUUUGUGCAGUUUCCUAUAGAGAAGUGUUUGAACUGAUUUUCUUUGGGUUUGGGGUUUUUUUUUAGUUGCUUUGAAAUCGUUGGAGGGCAGGUGCACUGAUAAACAUGAGGUUAAUUUCCUAACUAGCUGAUCUAGCCCUUUUCGUCAGUCAGUUGUUUUUCCUUUAGAGAGAGAUUGGGUGGGGGAGAGUUGAAGAACAAAGGAGGAAAGCAAUGAGUAAAAGGAUAUAUUAAGUUUUGGACAUGGUAGGCUGUGCCACUGCUCAUAAACUGUGACUCAGUGGCUGGCCGAGGGCACAAAGAUCACUCCUUUUUGCAAAACAAACUGGAAGGGUUUUAUUUCCUAACACUCCAGUGGCGUUCCUGAGACUGUGAAGUGCUUUGUUUACCUUUCUCUUUCUAUUUUUAUUCUGAUGUUUUUAUUGUAUUUAUAAUGUGAAAAUGCAUAUAGUAACUCAACAUUUAUGUGAUUGCUUCAUAUAUUUUAGGGGAAGUGUUCCUGCCUUUUAAUCAAGAUCUUUUAAUUUU